AUGACUAUGCUUGUUGAUGAUAGUUCAAGAGUUGAGUUCUAUACUUUACUAUCUCGUCCAUACCCUCAACCAUUAUGGGAUGGUACUACUCGAGAGCAUUUUCACCCUAACGAAGAUGUUCUCGCCUCCAACCUAACGGCCUCAUCUCUUACUGUCCGCAAUAACGAGGAUUUCAACUCUCACUUUGAAGAGAUUAAGGAGAUGCUGCUGAGGGCCGAAAAUAGGGACGACAAAAUGCUCCAACUGCAUUUGGAGGCUAGAGAGAAGAGCGACAGGAUACUCGAAUUACAAUUGGAGGCUAGAGAGAAGGACGACAAGAUGCUUGCAAUGCAGGAGGAGAUGAAAAAUUUGCAGGAGCAAACACUCAACAGACUUGUCAUGCUUCAGCAGAAAGCUGAGGCUAUCCUUGUUCAGACCUUUGAGCUACACGAGUAUCCAAUCCCUCGACUCUUUAUCAUUUUACCUGCCGACCGCUCCAAUUGGGACCCAAGGGAAGUAUUGAAAAACAAGUUCCGCCUUCAUUUCCUAUGUGAAUGUGGGGAUCUCUCCGUAGAGGCAAGCAAGGACAGCCAGAACCAAAGCCACAUUGCUAGACAUGAAGGAUAUGAGAUCCGAAACAGCACAGAGUUCUUUCAAAAGUAUGGGAAACACAUGGUCAUCCUUUUACAGUGCCUCAAAGUAAGGACGCCCUUGAGUACUCCUCUAGCACCAGUUCCAGAUCUCAAAGAUUGUAUUGAUUACUCACUCGACUAUCUGAAUGAACUCUCUAAGGAAUAUGCCGCCUUGAAUAAUAUCAAUACAAUCGAUGAUUAUGAACCACUUGAAGGAGCAGAUCUCCGGCAACUGCAUAAAUUCCUUCAAACUAACGGUGAAGACAGAAAGCUUGGCAACCUGUAUAGAACUAAAACCGAAAAGGGACAUAUCAAAUGGGUUCGCAUCGACCACCAUCGCUCGCCAUAUAGAGAAAAGGAACAAAAAGCGCUCGAAAAAGUUGUGGGGAUGUCACAAUACGCUGAAGAAUUCUAUAAUGUCUUGGUCAAUGCAAAACACGUAUACGAGUUAGAUAUUACUUUUGACUGGGAUUGGAGCAAGGCUGAUCUUGAAGCACUUGAGGAAGCACUAAAGAUGUCGAGUGUAUCCAUCCUUCGACUUAGAGCUCAAAUGAGUGUUGCCAGGAGGUUACAGGCAACAUCGCUAAAUGAUAUACCUGUUCGUAUCAUAGAGUUCCGCGGAAUGAAAUCGAUCAAUAUCGUGCUAGGCCCAGAUCUCGUCAAGCUUCCCAAUUUACCUAGUAUAAAAUUGCCACACCUUCAUGAGCUAUCCUAUGAGAUGAGCCUUAGAAGAAUGGAAAGUAGUGAUCUUCAAGUUCUUGUAGAAUCACUCAAGAGCAACACAACUUUGACAUAUUUGGGCUUGAAGGGUAAUCCAAUUGGUGAGAAUGGCGCCCCAGCGCUGUCAGAGGCACUCAAGAUUAACACGGCUUUGACUAUCUUGGACUUGUGUUCCAGUGAAAUUGGGGAUAAAGGAGCUCCUGUACUUUCAGAGGCACUCAAGAUCAAUACGACUUUGAUCUGGUUGGGCUUGGAGAGUAACUCAAUUGGGGAUAAAAGAGCGCUUAUAUUAUCAGAGGCGCUCAAGAUCAACACGACUUUGGCCAAUUUGAUCUUGAUUAGCAACUCAAUUGGAAAUGAAGGAGCUUUUGCAUUCUCGGAGAUGCUAAAGGCUAAUACAACUUUGAUCGCUAGUACGACUUUGACCAGCUUGGGCUUCUGGGACACUUUCCUUAUGGAGCGUCUCUCGGACGGAAAUGUGGCAAAUUUGGACUUGCGUUACAAUCCAAUUGGGAGCGAAGGGGCUCUUGUACUCUCAGAGGCAGUUAAGGCCAACACCAUUUUGACCAAGUUGGAAUUGAGUAGCAACCUAAUUAGGAAGGAAGGAGCCUUGGCGCUGUUCGAGGCACUUAAGAUCAACACACACCACUUGGACCACAUUAGUGUUGGAGCCCUGGCACUCUCAGAGGCACUCAAAGCCAAUACGACUUUGACGGAUUUGCAAUUGGAUUGGAGCUCAAUCAGGGAUGAAGGCGGCCUUGCGCUCUCAGAGGCACUCAAGGCCAACACCACUUUGGUUAGAUUAGGCUUACGAUCUAACUUAGUUGGAAAGGAAGGAGCUCUCGCACUCUCAGAGGCACUCAAGACCAAUACCACUUUGCUUAAUCUGGACUUGCUGAGUAACAAAAUUGGGCAUGAAGGAGCCCUUACACUCUCAGCACUAAUGGUCAACACGGCCUUGACCGAUUUGAACUUGGGAUACAACGAAAUCGGGAAGAAGGGAGCCCUCGCACUCUCAGAGGGACUCAAAACCAAUACAACUUUAAGCACAUUGACCUUGUGGAACAACAGAAUUAGAAAUGAAGGAGCCAUCGCACUCUCAGAAGCACUCAAGACCGACACAGCCUUGGCUAAUUUAGAUCUGAGUAACAAUCCAACUGGAAAUGAAGGGGCCUUUGCGCUCUCGGAGGCACUUAAGGCUAAUACGACUUUAACCACGUUGAACUUGGGACAUAACAAAAUUGGGAGUGAAGGGGCCAUCGCACUCUCAGAAGCACUCAAGGUCAACACCACUUUGACCACUUUGGUCUUGCGUUACGCCUCCAUUGGGAAGGAGCCCUCGCCCUCUCAGAGGCACUCAAGACCAAUACGGACUUGACAGAAUUGAAUUUGGG